AUGGGAGGAAACAUAGCUCGGAAGACAGCGGCAGACCUGAAAGAGAUCUUCAAGACAUUGGCCGAAAGCUCCCAACAGAAAUCUGUCCGUGGAAGAAGAGUUGAUGCCAGCGCGGUGACAAAUCAGUUUGAGCUGCAGAAGCAAGUAGCCGAUCUUGUGAGACAAGUGGAGCAUCUCAAGAUGGGCAAGAUGGAAAAUUCUCCAGUUCAGAGUUCAACCUCGCCGAAUCCAGCCAUGCAGUACGUAGAGCCGUGUGGUAUUUGUGGAGAUAGCAGACCUGGAUUCGUGCAACACUACAAUCAAGGGCAAGGCUAUAAUCAAGGACAGAGCUAUAACCAAGGGCAGAGCAGACCGCAGAAGUAUAAUCAAGGGCAGAACGUCAAUAAUGGAUGGAGAGGUCAGCAGCCCUGCCCACCGCAACAAAAUUUUCCCCAACAAUAUCCACCGAGGUAUCAACAGCAAGGGAAUUUUCAGCCUUCGCAGCAACAUGCUCAGCCCCAGAAGUCAUCACUUGAAGAUACGUUGCAAGCUUUUAUGGAGAUUAGCAAUGGUAAAUUGGUAGACAAUCAAGUGGAGGUACCAGAGCCGACUCGCAGGCCAGAGCUGAUCCGACCGCCAGUUCUAACAAAGCCGUUCACUCUGUCACGAUCACCAGCUCUGACGAGUUUAGCCAUGCCAAAGUCAGAGCUUCCGAAAUCACCUCUGGCGAAGCCAGUCCUGCCGAUUCCAGAGAUGCCGAAGGCACCUCUGGCGAAGCUAGCUCUGCCGAGUCCAGAGAUGCCGAAGUUACCUCUGGAGAAGUCAGUUCUGCAGAGUUCCACCGCACAAGGUUCAAUUCUGCCAAGUUCCACUCUGACGAGCCCUUAUGAAGAAAAAGGACCAGAGCAGAAGAAAAAGGAAGGAGAGAAGGAAGAUCAGCCAAAAGACGGAGUGAUGGAGGAAGGAAAAGAGGCCAAACUACACAAAUCCACUACACCUUAUCGGCCACCAAUUCCUUUUUCGGGCAGAUUGCGGAAUGAAAAGAUGGAUAAACAAAAAGUCCCAGCGUAUGUGAAGUUUUUUAAGGAGUUAGUCUCCAACAAGCGGAAGUUCGAGGACAAUGAGAAGGUUCUGGUCUCAGAAAUUGCGAACUCGAUCAUACAGUAG